GCCCCGCAGCGCUUCUUAUGAUCAGCUCGGUGUGUGUCUCCUCCUACCGCGGGCGCAAGUCGGGGAACAAGCCUCCGUCCAAAACAUGUCUGAAGGAGGAGAUGGCCAAGGGCGAGGCGUCGGAGAAGAUCAUCAUCAACGUGGGCGGCACGCGACAUGAGACCUACCGCAGCACCCUGCGCACCCUACCGGGCACCCGCCUCGCUUGGCUGGCCGAUCCCGACGGCGGGGGCCGGCCCGAGUGCGAUGGCGGUGGUGCGGGCAGCAGCGGCAGCAGCGGCGGCGGGGGCUGCGAGUUCUUCUUCGACCGGCACCCCGGCGUCUUCGCUUACGUGCUCAACUACUACCGCACCGGCAAGCUGCACUGCCCCGCCGACGUGUGCGGGCCGCUCUUCGAGGAGGAGCUCACCUUCUGGGGCAUCGACGAGACCGACGUGGAGCCCUGCUGCUGGAUGACCUACCGGCAGCACCGCGACGCCGAGGAGGCGCUGGACAUCUUCGAGAGUCCGGACGGAGGCGGCGGAGGCGCGGGGCCCCGCGACGAGGCCGGCGACGAUGAGCGGGAGCUGGCCCUGCAGCGCCUGGGGCCGCACGAAGGAGGCGCGGGCCCCGGCGCCGGGUCCGGGGGCUGCCGCGGCUGGCAACCCCGCAUGUGGGCGCUCUUCGAGGAUCCCUACUCCUCCAGGGCGGCCAGGGUGGUGGCCUUUGCCUCUCUCUUCUUCAUCCUGGUCUCCAUCACCACCUUCUGCCUGGAGACCCACGAGGCCUUCAACAUCGACCGCAACGUGACGGAGAUCCACCGAGUGGGGAAUACCACCAGCGUGCGCUUCCGGCGGGAGGUGGAGACAGAGCCCAUCCUGACCUACAUCGAGGGCGUGUGCGUGCUGUGGUUCACACUGGAGUUCCUGGUGCGCAUUGUGUGCUGCCCCGACACGCUGGACUUCGUCAAGAACCUGCUCAACAUCAUCGACUUCGUGGCCAUCCUGCCCUUCUACCUGGAGGUGGGGCUGAGCGGCCUGUCAUCCAAGGCCGCCCGAGACGUGCUGGGCUUCCUGCGCGUGGUGCGCUUCGUGCGCAUCCUGCGCAUCUUCAAGCUCACGCGCCACUUUGUGGGUUUGCGAGUGCUGGGCCACACCCUGCGUGCCAGCACCAACGAGUUCCUGCUCCUCAUCAUCUUCCUGGCUCUGGGAGUGCUUAUCUUCGCCACCAUGAUCUAUUAUGCUGAGCGCAUCGGCGCCAGGCCCUCUGAUCCACGGGGCAACGACCACACCGACUUCAAGAACAUCCCCAUCGGCUUCUGGUGGGCCGUGGUCACCAUGACAACCCUGGGCUAUGGGGACAUGUACCCCAAGACAUGGUCGGGCAUGCUGGUGGGGGCGCUGUGUGCACUGGCCGGCGUGCUCACCAUUGCCAUGCCAGUGCCUGUCAUUGUCAACAACUUCGGCAUGUACUACUCCCUGGCCAUGGCCAAGCAGAAGCUGCCCAAGAAGCGAAAGAAGCACGUGCCACGGCCACCCCAGCUCGAGUCGCCCAUUUACUGCAAGUCCGAGGAGACCUCGCCCCGGGACAGCACCUACAGUGACACCAGCCCGCCUGUCCCGGAAGAGGGUAUGGUGGAGAGGAAACGGGCAGACUCCAAGCAGAAUGGCGAUGCCAAUGCGGUGCUGUCAGACGAGGAGGGAGCUGGCCUCACGCAGCCCCUGGCCUCCGCCCCGUCCCCUGAGGAGCGCCGGGCUCUGCGACGUUCUGGCACCCGAGACAGAAACAAGAAGGCAGCUGCCUGCUUCCUGCUCAGCGCUGGGGACUAUGCCUGUGCUGAUGGUAGUGUCCGGAAAGGCUGCGAAAAGUCCCGGAGUCUAAACAACAUAGCCGGCGCGGCUGGAACCAGUCUGGGGCUGUCUCCACUGGCAUCACGAUACGGCUCGCCCUACCCUCCGAGAAAGCUCCUGCUCUCCCACCCCUUCCACCCCCUCACCAGCCCACCACCCGGACACUUGGCCCCAUAGCUGCACCCUCAGCUCUCCUUGCCUCCGGGCGUGGUGCACAAGCAGGCACACUUGAUGCCCUGCGGCCCUCCUUCCUCCUGGGGCCCGAGGGAGCUGCCUGAGCUAGGCGGGCAGGAUGCAGGAGAAGGCGGGCCCUGAGCUGCCCCCCCACAGCACCCAGCUCCCCCAGAUGUUCAGCUCUGGAGCCUGGAGCAAGGGGGCGAGUUUCCCCAGGGCUUCCAUCCACCUGCCCCUAUCCUGGGCGGAGGUGCCUGCGCCCCCAGGACCUCUGUCUCUGGGCCCUGCCUCCCCCUCAGGGUCCCACGUUAAUCACAGCCAAUGCAAUUCCGUUCCUCGUGGCCUUCAACCAGAAACCAAACAACCUGGAACUGAAUGUCUGUCUGUCUGUCCACCCCACACCCAGACCAGCAAGGAAUAAGGUUGUCCCAUGGGGCAGCUGCUGGUGUCCAGAGGGCUUGUCUCCUUAGAGGAGCAGUGCCGCCCUGGGAGGAGAGGCCUGAUGUUCUCCAGCUCUGACCCGGGGCGCAGGUGGGGGCGCUUAGAGUCAGAGCCCCAGGAUGGGUCGCUGAGGUGCGGGGAUGCCCGUCUCUCCGGGGCGACAUCCAGCGGUGGAGCUUAACAUCCUAUCUGCGCCCCGAGCCUCGGCAUCUCUCGCCACACUGCUGCUUCUGCUUCCACGACAGUUUUUCUUCCCUCUCCCCCCUCCCUCAAACUGCCAGCCCAGCCUCUGAGUCACCUGCCGCUCCCACCCAGCCUCUGCGCUCUGUAUUGCUGCCAGAACCGGAGAGUCAUCUAAUUUCUAUAAUUAAGUGUAUUCAUUUACCUAAUGAGCCCGGGAGCACAACAGGUUUGUGAGUCACUGAGCGAAGCAGGGUGCGCCCUGGGCAGGGGCAGCUGAGGGGAAGCCAUCCUGCGCCUACCCGCUCCUGCACCGGCACCUGGCCACUCCCAGGGAGGGCCAAGCCGUGAGUGGUCCCUCCCCAAGCAGGGCACUGAGCAAGGCUCCCAAGGCCCUCGUCAGCCCUGAGAAGGAGGAACAAGGAUUGCCCUAGCCAGGACAUUUCCUGUUUCACCUGAUGGGAAUUAGACCUGACAGCGAGCUGUGUGCCUGGCAAUUUUUAGAGUCAGAUUAUGCAACUUGGUGGAACGAAUGACUAAGUAAGGUCCGUAUCUGCUCCUUCCAGGGUGAGCAUAGAUAGGUAUGGCAAGAUAGCAUUUGGGGACUUGGCAGGAGGCUGGGAAAUGUGGGGCCCACCCCGAAAGGUGAACUGGGCAGAAAAGUCAGAUGGUUUCAUGGGAUUGGGGGUUGUGAAAAGCCUAUGCCAGGAGCAUCCCCAUUUCAGUGACUUCUUCAGCGUUGGGCAGAGAUGGGAAUGUCCCUUCUAGAAAAGUCUGUUCAAGGUGGGUCCUGAGAUAUCCCAGCCCUGCUGUGGUCUACGGGGCCUGUCUCCUGCUUGCUCUCAGAAUGAAGUGUGCCCCUAGGAGUUGAGAAGAUACCGGGGCAUCUUUGCAGCCACCCUUCAGAAGGGGACAGGCCUCUUUAAUCAACAGGGGAGCAGGAUGGAGACACCCGGCACCCUCUCCCUGCACAGCCCAGUUUGAGGGCCCAGCUGAUUCUCCUUCAUGAGGACAGGUUCCAUCCUGCCCCACAGGGCUCCUUGUCACUGGGGUCCUGGCUCUGAUGGGGACAAGAUGAGCUAGAUGUCCAGUUUAGCAUGGGUCCCACAGCUCUUUUCUCCUCUGACUUGCCUUUCUGGUUCAGGGAACUGAGGCGGCUAUUUCUGUGGCAGCCCUCAAGUUGUCAGGAGCCCAAGUUUCCACGGUACCCGCCGCCUCCUUCCCUCUCUUCCCUCCCACAGGGAUGGGCAUGCUCACGGCACCCCUAUGGUGGGCACAGAUGUCCCUGGGCGACAUGAUGCAGGAGUGCCAGCCUGGAGCCCCUAGUGCUUUGGAGAUGGGCUCCCACACGUGUGUGUGUGUCCCCCCGCCCCCCGCCCACCCCGGCUCUCUGGGUCCUGUGAGGGAGACACAGGACCUGGCUAACAGGAGAGCUGAGUAGGCUGCUCUAGCUACCACUCAGGGCUCUGGGAAAGGGCAAACCGAGUCCUGGAGUUUACAAAGACCCACUGUGUGCCAGGCUCUGCCCAGAGAGGUGGCUGUCUGCACAGGCCUCCCUCCUUGGGGAAGGCCCUGCCGCCCACCUGCAAUCUGAGAGUGUAGUUUGCUUUAUCUGGCAUCCAGACUUGGACCUGUACCAUUACUUUGGCUUUCAGAAGCCUUUCCCCCACAACUGGGGCCUGCCCGUCCCCGCAGAGCUGGGAAGCAGCCUGGGUGGGAGUUGGUAACCCUACCUUCCAGUUUGUGCCAGCACUACUGACAACCCUAGAGGCCACUUCUCAGUCCCCAGGGCUUCUGAGAGGAGUGGCUGUGAGCUGCACUGUGGUGAGUGGGGAGGCUGGGUACCAGCCGGAGGGCUGGGGCUGCCCUUUCCCAGAGCUGCCUGGGACAGGAGGGCCUCCUCCGCCCUAGCCAGACAGCAUCACCUCCGAAAUACCUUCCCCACGGCAACCGCCCUGUCUGCCCUACCUGUGCCACUGCUGGGAAGGUGGGAGAAGGGAAGGGCCAGGCCGCUGACCUCCCAGGCUGAGGAUGGGAUACUGAGAAGAGCUCAUGGAGGGGUUGGGUUUCUCAGAAAGAUGCUAUUUUCUGGCCUUCUCUCCUAAGAGGGCUACAUUCAUCCUCCCUGACCUUCCCCUUCAGCAUUCACCCUCCAGCUGCCAGAUUGAGGAAGGGGGGCUGGGCACCACGUGGUAGCACUCAAGAGCCUUCUUCACCAGCCCCCAGGGACAGGGGAAGAGCCCCAGGUGGUGAUGGCAGAUGGAGCAAUAUGGGGGGAACCCAAGUUGGGCAGGCAGCAGCCCAGGUGAUGGCCUGUGGGCUACAGGUCACACCAGGAGCCUCUCCCUCCCAUGACGCCCCCACCCUGCCUCCAUGCCACGCUGCAGAGCUGUGGUCCCUCCCCGC